AUGCCGCCACACCAAACCAGUUGUCCCCCCAUCUGGACGCGGCGCCCGCUGGCCCAGCCUAUUGCCCGUAUUCCGCACACUGUCACCGCAUCAUUGUCUCUCAGCUCAAAGCAACAGCGCCACCACUCGUCAACGAGGUCGCCCUGUCUGUGCCGCAUCCGCCCUCGCCCUAUCCGCCCCAAACGCGCCUCUCUUCAUCCUUUCCCGUUUCAGCGCCGACUGCCUCCUCCUUUCCUGUGUCUCCUUCUUCCUCUUGUCAUACUCCUCAUCCGACAACCGGGACGGACUAUCCUUCAACCUCUCCUCCAUCCACAUUCUCCUAUCCCUGUGAAACGCCGUAAUCUUUUCACUCCUCAGCUUGUUACUCCUCGCAUAAUCGUUAAUCGCCUUUGCCUUCUCCUCAUCACACAACGUAAUACUAUCCAUGCGUCCGAUCUCCACCUUGUGCUGCUUCGGGGGCUCGCCGGCCAUCUCGGCGUCCCUCCUGCGCUUCUCUGCGCGCUUCUCCAGCAUCUUUGCGCGGUACGCGGGGUCUGCCCACCGCUUGCGGGCGGCCUCGGACCGCCGGCUCCACUUUUUCUGCCCGUCGAUCGCCGAGGUGCCGUACGCGUCCGACGGCGGCCCUUGCGGCCCGAACGCUUGCUCGUCCGGUAUCCGAUGGCUGUCGUUUUCCAGCAGGUCGAGGAUCACCUCGUCGCGCGGGUCCAUCGGCAAGAAUCGCCCGGAGAGCUGCGAUUUUUUGCGGUCCCAAUCCUCGGGCCGCCGCUUGUUCUGCACGCGGAGCAUCGUCAGGGGCGCGCGCUUCUGCCGGGCCGGACGAUGACCGAAGCCGGGCCGGGCGGACCGGGCUGACCGGGCUGACCGGGCUGAGUUAGAUGAGCGCGGGACAGAUAAUGGGGAAACGAACGAAAGCGGCGAAGAGCGUGAACGCGAAUUCGCGUCAGUUGGUAGGUGUUGAGACAUCGGUGUGUGGGUCAGCAUGAAGAAUGUCGCCGAAGGCAACGAGCUGGAGCACUUGAUGACCGACGUAGCACCCAAGUUGCACAAAAGCAGGGCCAACGGUUAUCUCUCUGGUACCAACACACGCCCCGCAUGCACACACGCACUCUUUCUCCCUCUCCCUUUGUCGCACUUUCGUUUUCAAAGGAAACCGUCCAAGGCCUUUUGUUUGCAGAGUGACGCUAAAACUGUCAGGGUAUUUACGAAGGGUAGAUGUACAGUAUGAGCAGCGAGGGUUGACCUCGAGAAUGGAAGAAGCAGGCUUACAGCUGCGCACACGUGUGGGCUAGAAAUUCGGGCAGUCCUCUGUGCGAGAUCAACUUGAGAUCUGUCCUUGUCAUACAGCUUUGUCAGCGAUCACGUUUCCAAUUCGCGAUCCUCGCCCAUCUUCGGCGUCGCGCGUGCACACGUGCACACGGGAUAACAACGUACCCGUCAACAUGGAUUUGCCUUCAGCCAUUUCUCGCUGCUCAUCCGCACCAACCCCUUCCCAUUACAUAGCACCUUUGUAACGCCAACAAAAGUGCAUCCCGGAUCCAGUGACCGGCUGU